CACUUUUACUUCCACAAAUUUAUUUUUCGUGCGACAUGAUGCAGGCAGCAGGCGUUGUUAGGUGACUGAAAGAGUGCAAUUUCAAGUCAAAGAAGAAGGAUUUCUUCCCAAGAUAGACGUAGACCCUACGACGGUGUUUGAACGGCUGGCAUUGCCUGGAUCAAGGUUGUUUACCGGUAUAUGUUCGCGUGUUUGCAGCUCAUCUCAGCCGGUGACAGUGCUGAUAUCAAUGAAAUAAUCUUGCAAGACACCAGUCGAGUAUCCACCAACUUUCUAGUUUCUGCCGUGAACAUUUUAUUUGAAACCUUUCUUCCUUUGGUGUGUCGGAAUUUUGUAAAGUCAGCGCCCGUAUUCGACAUGUAGAAUUGCAUUCGGUGAUGGGGUACGCCUGGAUAGCCUGGCCUGGACCACUAGCCUGGGAGCAAGAUGCCUCACAGAUCGACUACCACCUGUCUGCUGCUGAUCGUCCUGGUGAUCACAACGUUUAUAGCGCUGGUCGUUGUACUCUCUCCUCCCGAUGAGCGAGCUCCAACUGGCAGAGAUGUGGCCGAUGAGGUGAGUAUGCCCCUGACUGAACCACGUACGGUGGAAGCAUUGCGUAAAAUGGUUCAUAGUCUUCAAUCAAUUUCUCAAGGUAACAAAGGCCAUGGAGUAUCCUCAGAUGAUAAACCAGUCACUGUGAUAAAGCGCCUCAAUCAUUUGUUGCCAAUGUAUUUCAAGCGUGCUCAACGUUCAUCAUCUUUGAAGGAAGACAAGUCUAACCUUAUUCGGCUGCUUCUCCUGACAAAAUCUGCUCCUGGAAAUUUUGACAAGCGGCUACAGACGAGAUUGACUUGGCUUUCGCUGGCCAUCCAGUCGUCCAACUGUCGGUGUACGACAAAUACAGGUGACCGGUGUACACGCUAUAGCCGCCUGUGCCAAUACCGUCACAUUGUCUGGUAUCACCGCUUUUUGAUUGGCAUGGACAAUGAAGAUACGGAUCUAAUGGAUACAGUACUGAAGGAUGGAAAUGAACAUCUUGAUGUUCUCUGGUAUCCCGAGGAGGAUCAUUAUCGUCGGUUGACCUGGAAAGUACAUUGGGCGAUGCAGUGGGUUGUCAACAAUCUGCGCAUUGACUAUCUAAUGUUUGUGGACGAUGACAGUUUCAUGCACCUGCCUCACUUAGCAACAUACCUAGCAACGGCGCCCCGCACACACCUGUAUGGCGGCCGCGUACCGUACAAUGAUGCGGUGGUGGUGCGCGACAAAAAGAGCAAAUGGUACGUCAAAGAGAAGGCAUUUCCUGGCCAGCACUACCCACGCUAUGUAUGGGGAGCCGGCAUGAUACUAAGCAGCGAUGUUAUGCACAUGGUUGUAGAACGCUCGCACAUGCACGAGACUUGGUUUGGUGUAGAUGAUGCGUUCAUCGGCAUCAUCCUCAAUCGGAGUGGCCUGUCGCCUACCAACAUCAAGUCGAUCUAUCCAGCAAUGUCAGUGUUUCAUGGCUGUACUCCCGGCACAGAAGGUCAGCCACCUAUACUAAUCAGUUCUAUAGACGAAUGGCACCGGCACACCAUGAUGGAGUAUGCUAUGGGUAGUCUAUCUCUCUGUUCGCUCAUGGUCUGGCCGGUUUGGUGGAGAAUUAGCUCAUUUGUUCAGUCCUAUGCCUUUAUUCUCAUCCUAGCCAUCCUAGCUUUAAUCUUCUGCCGCCCUCUGGUGCAGCGCCGCUACUUGUUCAGGCUCAUUGUGUACGUAUAACACGUUGUCCGGAGGCUGCUGCUGCAGCUAGGGAUAAUCAAUUUGUCACACAGACUAUGCAGCCUAGCACAAGCAGCACAGUUGUCCCUGGAAGCUUGGUCAUCAUUGCCAGCUCUGACGUGGAGAGUAUCACUGCAGUGGGUGCUUGUUACAUUGGCUGACGGCCAUUGUUGUUUCCUCGGCGCCUGUGCACCAGCGACACGCGACAGCCGUGUGAUCAGGCCAGGGCGUUGUUGCCGGACCGUUAGUGGGAGAAUGCAGACUGCGUUGCAUUGCACAACACCGGCCACUUGCCUGCCCUUGCGACUAUCCCAGUGACGUAAAGUUUGCGUGUGUGUGUGCGCGUGUGUGUGUCACUCCUGCCAGGGCGAACACAAUUCCAGUGCUGCGGCUACUGGUACUAUCAACCCGAGUUUGCCUCGCUAUUCACCUCCAUAAUAGCCUGCUGUUCACUUUUUUUAAUAUUUUCGAAUUUAUCUAUGGACACAAACACAGCAACUUUGUUUCUAAGAAUUUCUGUGGCGACUUCGUAAUCUGUCUCUUCUUUGGUUCUUCCUCUUUUUUUUAUUACUUGACUUCCUCCUCACGCGAGCCGUGAAUUUUUUUACUUCCUCGCUAUAAAUUGUUUAUAGCUAGGAGAUUUCCAAUUCUUUGUACAUGUGUUGUGAUCUAUGAAAAUCUAGGGCUUGGUCAUAGUGUUAGACAGCAUUCAUAUUAUUUAUUAUGCUUCAAACAAAUCAUGUUGAUUAGUCUUGCUACUGCUGCUGCUACUCCUGUUGCAGUUUAUGCUUCUUCUUCUUUUUAAUGUCCUUGUAUGCCCCUUCCCCCUACUCUCCCUUAGAAGUGUGUUCUCCUUGAAGUUUGGUCAUGGCGCUGCUGGUUCAAAGUGCUUUUUUGAUAUUUGUUUUCUGUCUAGUAGAUCCCUAUAAACAAAGCUUGUUUGUACGCUUUUGCAUCUUCUACUUAUUUUUUUAAGAAUCUGGCUUAUCUCCCACCUAAAACAAACAUUACUGCACGCACACACGUGCACAUGCCCGCACACGCAUACACACGCGCGCGCGCGCGCACACACACACAAUACAUACAGGUGCAUUUUUUUUAUCCUUCUCUCUCUCUCUCUGUCUCGUAUCUAGUUAGACUAUGCACCAAAAUUUGCUCCAAUUUAGUCAAUUCUUCUCUUCGGAGGUGUGCUCACCGUCUUUUUCGCUCUCUUGCAUCGUAACUCCAAUUUCCAUUGAUUCUGCACUAGUCUAUGUUGCACACUCUC